UGUCUCUCGUUGGAAUAAUAAGUAAAUUCUUACAGUCUCUGUGCGCUAUUUAUUAACUUUGUUAGAUGCGAUCAAAUUGGAGAUUUUAUCUUUCGAAAAUUAUGAGUAAUAGUUAAUAUUGUAGAAAGCUAGUUGCAAAAAGAGUUGUUGAAAAGAAAGGAAACUUGUCUUUGUAUACGGCUAUGUAAAUAGUUGUUAUUUCUACUGUUCAAUGUAAAAUAUGAAAAAUGAAAUAUUUUUGAACGCAACCAAAAAUUUUGUUGGUUGGCGCAUGACACAAUGGAGAUGUGUGCGUGAAGAUGCGUGCGCACUUUUUCCCAUCUAUUCGAGUGAAAACAUUGCAAACAUUCUUUGAAAUUUGCUUUACAGAGGAAAGAGGAAAAUAUAAGAGGAAAAUAUAGCCAAGUAGGCCCAGCCUCCAUAUAUACUAGCAUAUCCAGCAUCAAUCCAGCGGAUACGCAAGAUAUGAAUUGCACCGGGUUGUUUUUGCAAUCAUCUCGGAUAGAAAAUGAAGUUGUCUCCUCUAGUAACAAUUUAAGAAAUAUCGUGGCAAAGAAAAACAAUAAACAUACUAUAAAUAAGCCAAUAAUUACGUCCUCAAGCAACGAACGAUCUUCAAGGAAAAAAGAUUCCCUCAAUGGCAAAGCAUUAUUGAUUAAUGAGAAUUUGUCUGCGACGGAAAAAUAUUUGUCAUUAUCGGGAAAUAAGGGAGGCGGUUUUGAUAAUGCCAAUUUUCUUAAAUCGCAAAAAGACAAUGCAAAGAGAAACAAAGGUGAUAAUAAUAACUUUGGCCGUCCUGAAAUAGGCAUUAUUAGAAGCCCCGAGGAAAAAUCAAAUAGAACUUUUUUUAACUGGAGAGUUAUUUUAAAUGAAAAUGGUCACUUAGUUAUUAAGGGAACGUUAGAAAGCGGGAAAAUCGCACGCACCAAGCCCAUACUUAAUAGAUUGACGGCUAGAAGCUUAGAAUCUAUUUUUAAACAAAUAUAUCAUCUUAAAGGGAAUAUUGUGGACAAUAGAAACGAGUUACCAGAAUACGUCCGAGAGAAAUUCUACAAUGGUUUUCCCGAUGAUUGGGAAGAUGUACUUGAGGUAUGGAAAUUAUUUAUUUCGAAGGGCUCGAAUUCAAACUUUCAUUGGCCAAUCGAAAUUACCGAUGACGAUAAUGACACGAAUAGCAAAAUGUCCGAUGUAACAUUUGAACGUACGAACGAAGAAGAUGUACCGAAGUUCAACGAGUCAGGCACAGUUGUUUCAACUGUACAAAUGCCAAAUGUCUCUAAUUUUCAAAUAUCUUUUAGCAAUUUAUGCGGCAAUAAUUCGAAGGAUCGAACUAAAAUUGUUAAUAACGUCUACGCUCCUAACGUGAUGACAAAGAAAACGCAUAAUCAUAAAGAAAAUCAAUGUCAGAAUGAAAAUGUGAAUAUACGUCGAUUGUCUCUUCUUCAGAAAGACGAUAAAACGAGAGAUAUGCAGGAAGAUAAAAUUGAUAUUAUCGUUAAUAAUUUACUGCAUAAGGAUUGCCCAGAAGAAUACAUUAUUAAAAUAAUACAAAUGUUCGAUUCUCUCAAUGAUGUUUAUCUCUAUAGAGUUACAUCAAAUGAUACAAGCAAAAAGAUUAAUAAUAAUGGUCCAUACCAUGGUGAUAACAAGUCUGCAUUCUGUGGCAAUAAAAUGCAAGGUAAUGGAGUAAUAGGUAAUUCGGAAAGAAGAUCUUGUAUUUUGGAAUGUCAUGAUACGUUGGCUUUGAACGAUUGUUGCAAUAGGUGCAACAUAAGAGAUGAUGCCUAUGAGGAGACACCUGAUAUCAGUUUACGAAGAUCGCCUAAAAAGGACUCUGAAGAAUUUCCAAAGGAAACUUAUGCGUCUGUCAUAUCUGAAAGAACAUUAUUGCCGAAUGAAAGAUUGUCAGUUAAAUGGCGACAUGAACAUGGGGAAAGAAGAGAAGGAACAAAUUAUAAUUUUGUAAAUAAUAGUCAUGUAAAAUCGACAAAAAUAAUUAAAAGAAAUCGAUCAAUAUACCGUUCUAAUUCUAUUACCAAUAGAAAUAUUGAAAACGAUGAGAUGGAAAAUGACGAUUCGGCACAUUCUCCAUCAUUAUCCAGGAAAGGAGAAAUGUGGUAUAAGGAAAGGAGAAAAAGAGAUGAUGUUAUGUGUCGUGUUGCACUGUUCGGUGCACGGGGAAAAGAGGAUGGUCUUAAAAACAAUCGAAAUUAUUGCGAAAAUUCUAUUGCGGAAGAUGAAAUGAAAUUGUCGGAAUUUAGACGUAAGAGACAUUUGAAUAUGACGGAGAACAUAGAACCCAGUGGGAAAAAAGCCAGGACAAUAAAUACCUUUGUCGAUGCGAAUCAUCUUAAUGUAAUUCAUAGAACUAGUGAGAACGGUGUUAACGGUACCGAUAAUAAAAUGAUGCCGUUGAAACAAAAGCAGAACGUAACGUCAACACCUUUGCCCAUUGUAAAGAGUCAUAAUCUUGAUAUAAACCCAAAUAAAGAUGCGACCAAUGAUAAAUCUUGUGCUGUUUCAAUUAAUACGAAAGAGCAGAAUAAAAAUAUGAUGGAUGAAUCAACUUCGUUCAAUGAUAUUAUAACCGACGUUCGUUUGAUUAUUGCUGAACAUAAGGGUCACUCGAAAGAUCAUCAAAUUCAAAGAGUUCAUGAUAUUAUUCAUCCUGAAAAUGCAAAACAUCCUAUUACUAUUAUUGACACGGAUACGCCCUUUUUAAUAUUAAAUUCGACAUCCUCCAUUAAAACGCGUCGUUCCGACUACACAUCGAACGAUCAAAGGAGACCUCAACUAUUGUCCGAUUGGGUACCAAGGGUUUUAUUCGACUUUAAGUCCGUUCCCGAGUUAACUUUGGUUUUUGAAGGUAAAUUGCUCAACGAGGCCGGCCACGUGGUUCAUAGAAAAUUUACGACUGAACGUAUACGGAAACGGCUAUCGACAAAUUUAAUCGAAGAUAUAAAUCGAGAAGUUUAUCGACUCGUCGGAGAUCUGCACGAUUCUAAACACGUUGUACCGAAAGAAUUAUUGAGAUAUUGCCGCGAAGGAUGCCCAUUUAAUAUAAACGAAUUUUGUAAAAUGUGGAAAUCAUAUCAAAAAGCUAAUGCAAGGGAAACGGUAAAAAGGGUAGGAAAUGAAAUGAUAGAUAUAUUGAAUGUACCUACUAGUUCAAGAGGACGUAGGAUAUUUCCACCAUUGAGUUAUUGGACCGGAGAGCGCGUUGCCUUUAGAGAUAACGAAGUAGUCUACACAACGGGUCGUUCUCCGAGGUAUUCUAUAGAUCGAUUGUCUGCAAAUACAAGCAACAAAUUGCAAGCGAAAGAGAAGAUGUGCGAUCGAUCUAACGAUCUUAAUAUCUCUAGAGAGAAAGGUGCAAGUGAUGAUGCGUCGGAAGAUGAAAAUAUCGUGUCAUUACCUACUGCUAAUUUACAACAGCGAGUUGAUGUACGGGCACAUAGAUUGCAGACCGAUCUGCAAAAACAGGAUAGCAACAAUGCCAAUGCCGUAUCACAAUCGGAUGAACGUAGAGAACAAUAUGGCGUAAGGCAGCAGUCACCUAUUAAGAAAGAAAAUCUGAUGUACACUUAUUACAAAAGUAUUCCACACGCGGACGACAUUUUGUCCGACGAUCAAGUAUCUCAGUUAUAAAUGUAUCCUCUUAUAUUUUUAACGAUAAUUGGUUAAUGCAAGUUCCCGUUUUCCGAUAAGAUGUAUGACAAUAACAUGUUAUGAUAACUCUUUGAA